AUGCAGCAGGAGUACCUCCGACGGAGAAAGCUGAACACAUACGAGGAACGUCGAAAAGAAGGGCGAACUGUUCACACCAGAGCUUCGCGCACAGCCAUCAUUGUUGGUUCUUUGAGCUUGAUCUUUAAUAUCAUGGCCAUUGCCUUGCCGAACUGGCGAUCUAGUUGGGUUGGGCUCAUCGGAUAUGGUACCAGGAGGAACUGGGGUUUGCUAUAUGUUCAAGGGCGAACGACUACCUUUCACCAUACCAUGUAUGACAACAACUGCAAGUGGUAUGGUCAUUUGAUGCUUGGCAACUCCUGUCUCUCGCCUAUUUGCAGAUGGUACCUUUUAAAGUGCAACGUGUACUUCGAGCUGUGCAUGAUCAGCUACGGUGCAGCCCUGGGCAUGAUCCUUGGGACGAUACUGGAAUCGCUGUGUCUGUACUGGACUGUGGCCUUCACAACCCGUACGUUGAGAUGGGCAGCAAACUGGUGGCCAGUUGCUGCGAUGAUGAACAUUGCGGGUGCAGUCGUUUGGAUCAUCCUGACGGAGAACAUCUUCGAAGAGCUUAAUGAAGAAUCAUGGUAUCCUGUUCCGCCACCUGGGAUGUCGUUUAUACUUGCCAUUGUCAGCGCUGUGGGUAUGCUGGUCAACGCGUACCUUGGGUACACCCUGCACUACAUGUGGCCGGAGGUAGAUCCGGAUGAUGAGAGCCAGUUCGAUUCCGAGGAAGAGACAAACGAUGAGGAGGACGAGCAGUAG